AUGAAAGAUGUUAAGAGACGAUUCCAAGAAAUCAACCAAUUCAAAAAGAAGGCACUGAAGGAUUUUAAUAAUGUGGAUAAUGUAAUAAAUUCCAUUAGUGACAUUAUUGAGAAAAGGAAAAGGGAACCUCUGAGCAAAUCUAUUGAUUGCACUUCUUUUCCCAAUACCAAAUAAUAGAGACUAUAAUCAUGUCUCAACAAAAUGGGUUAAAUAGAUUACGAUUAAUAACAACUAGAUAGAGAAUCUGGAAUUAGAACAGCUAGCAUCUUUUCUGAUCGAAUUGCUGCCAUACUACCAUAAAAGGAACUCGCUGAUAAAGAAUUGAACCAAGAAUUGGCUAUUAAUUGUCACUUGCAUGACACUUCUAAAUUCGGAUAAAUUAUGGAAUAAGCCUUGCUUCUACAUUCCUUCCACAAAGACUGUAGUGAAAAGCUUAAUCAAAAUCUAAGUUUAUUGGAUCCCAACAAUUUUAAAACCAGAAGGGAGAGGGCUAAAUUCCAAUAAAGAAAUGAAAUGAAUUAAAAGAGCGUCUAAGCUUAGGAAUAUUACAUGAAAAAAUUUCAAUUAGAACAUAUGAGAUUAAAAGAUAGAUUAAUAGACUCUGAUCAAAAAACACUUAUCGAUCACAAGUAUGGACAAGAUAGAAAUAAGGGAUCUAAAAGUGCAAAAAACAGGAAAAGAAUUCAAUAAGUAACAGAAAAAAUUAAUAGAAAUAAAAUAGUUGUUAUCUAAAAUUUAUUUAAAUCAGGACAUGAUCAAAAAUCUCAAAAAGCAGAUGAAGUACUUAGGUUUCUAGAAUUAUACUCAAAGGUUGAUCGAGAAAACAAUUAAGUAUUUAGUUAAAUGAUUGAAAUCGAUGGUUAAUUUUCAAUGAAAAUUGAAUUGUAUUUGAGGAAGAUCUUCUUCAAAUUUUCCAAUAAAGAGUCUGAUGAUUUAAAUGAACUGUACAAGUACAUAAAUUUGACAGGAUAUCUUGAAUGUUUUCAUCUAUCUCAUUUGGACAUUGAAGACAAGGAAUUGAUCACUGUUUAUGAGAACAAUGUAAGGGUUUAGAAUUUGGAUAAAGAUAGAGGAAUGAAUUUUAAUUUUUUCAGAGAUUCUCUAAUUGAUGUUGCAAAUUGCAUUUCUUUGUUGCCCAGCAAAGAUGAAAAACUACAUAGAUUGGUGGAAGAAUACCUACUGGAAAUUUAUAAUCAAGUGCUUGAUUAAAAUGAAAUUCGUUUACUCACAAUUAAAUCUUAUUAAGUAUUCAAUAAUCUAUUUUUUCCGCUGAUCCAAAAACUGUUUCUAAUGUAUGGCCAAUCAAUAUAAAAUUACAACUUCCAUGAUCAAAGACUCAAUUUGGACAAGAUUAUUUUGGUGUUUAUGCAAAUAAAGGUGUUUCCACAAAAGUUCAGCAAGCAAUUCAUAAGACAUCAUUAUUGUUAUUGUACUGAACAGGAUGAGGGGUUAAAUGUGAAUGAAUUUCAGCAUUUCCUAAACAUCAUGGCUUUGAGUCAAAACAAGCGUAUUUCGAUUAGUAGGGAACUCAAUAAUAUCAUACAGUAUAAUCAAUAUAAGUUGGCAUCUAAGUUUGAAGAUAUAAAUGAAUACGAGCAAAAGAUAUUCAGGAAAAUAAUGAUAUUUUAUUUUCAUAGUGAAUUCUUAAAUUUAUAAAAUGUUGAAUAAGAUUGA